AUGGGCCUGGGCCGCUCCAAGCCUCACCCCCGAGUGAUCAAAGUCACACCUUUACAAGAAGCAGAGAUUCCCUCGGCUGGCCCUGUGUUCUAUACAAUAAAUCGGGAUCUGGAAGAAAAGAGCUCAUACCCAUUCUCAAGACUGCAGGACCAAAAUCAAGUUCUGAAAGGACUGCUACCACCUCUUCGAGAAACCUGGUAUGGAAGACAUCCCGCAGUAUCCAGGCCCAUGCAUCAUGACAUCCCACUGAAACAUGAAGAUUCAAGCAUUAUCAAAAGACAUCCACCCCGAAGAAUUCAAAAGCUUGAACCUAUUGACCUGCCACAAGUAAUUACCUCUGAGGGACUCCUGCACCAGCAAGAAGCCAGAACAAGUCACAAAGGAAAGCAGGAACCUGAGAAGACAAUGCAUUUCUCAAUGUACAGUUCUGGGAAGAGACAGUAUUUACAUAAGAUGCAAAUGCUGGAGAUAAACCAUAAAAGACAGGAGGCCUUGAUGAAGAGCCUUCAGAAUGCAUCAAGACUUGAACUGCAAAAGCUGAAGGACCAUAAUGGCAAUAAAAUCAUCCAAAGCACACCAGGGAGCAAUGACUAUGACAUCAUCACCACACUGUCUGAUGAAACCAUGAACAGAGACCCAGGAAAUCCACAGGAUAAAGAAUUCUUGGAAUACUACACAAAGAAUGACUGUUAUAUCCCAAAAAUUGGCAAAAUGGAAGCAUGGAUCCGUGAACAAGAAGCCCAAAGACAGCCUUUCUGGGACUGCUCCAGCUCUGACUCAGACGAGUUUAGCAAUAGGAAGAAGAGACCACAAGCACUGGUGAGGACCAGGACAGUGAGGAUCCCACCUUACGAUUCGUUUUAUGACAGCGAGUGA